CCCCGCUGGAGCUUCGGGAGGGCCCUCCCCGGAGGGGAGGCGGGCUCUGGGGCCUUGGGAGGGCGCGCGGCAAGGGGCGCAUGCAGGGCCCUGGCGUGGCGCUGCUCCUGGGCACGGGGGAACUGGGUCCUGCGCGCCUGGGCUCAGCCGCCUGGUACCGUCCGGAGGACCGCCCGGAGUGCAGCUGGCCGCGGAAGCCGCAGCCGCCGGAGCCAUGCACCAGUUCCGCCGCCCCGUGGCCCUGGACGCGCCGCCCCGACUACCUGCCUGCCGGGAGGCUGCCAUGGCCCGAGCCCGCCUCCGCCCGGCCCGAGGAGGACCGCGCAGGCUGCAACAGCCCGGCCGGCAACAACAGCCCGGCCGGCAGCCCCGCCUCUGCGCGCCGGCUAGGCGGCGCCUCCGAUACGCUCGCCCCCGGCACCCACGUCCCGGGCGCUGCAGAUCCCCACCCUCUCGUCUCCUCUCACAGCCCGGCCCUGGAGGAUCCCGCCCCUCAGGACGGUUCCCUUGUCUUCUGGCGAGGAUUCUCCAAGGUGUCUCACCACAUGGGCCGGCUCAGAAACGCCAAAAUCCACGUGGAGAGAGCUGUCAAGCAGAAGAAGAUCUUUACGAUCCAAGGCCGUUACCCAGUGAUCCGGUGCCUCUUGCGCCGGAGGGGCUGGGUGGAGAAGAAGAUGGUCCAUCACUCAGGCACCACUGUGCUGCCACCCCAGAAGGAUCUGGAUAGCUCAGUGAUGGAUGAUAGUGACACCACUGAGGAUGAGGAUGAAGAGGAGUUCCGGCCACCACAGCCGUUCAACUUCGAUGACUUACUGGAAUUUGAUGACCUAGAUGGGACACAUGCUCUAAUGUCCCGCAUGGUUCGGAAUGAGACCCCCUACUUCAUUUGGACCACUCGGCGGGACAUGCUGGACUGUCGCUUCCUCUCCAAGGACCAGAUGAUAAACCACUAUGCCCGAGCUGGCUCCUUUACCACAAAGGUGGGCCUAUGUCUCAACCUCCGGAAUUUGCCAUGGUUUGAUGAGGCGGAUGCCGACUCCUUCUUCCCACGCUGCUACCGCCUGGGGGCUGAGGAUGACAAAAACGCCUUCAUAGAGGACUUCUGGCUGACAGCUGCCCGCAACGUUCUCAAGCUGGUGGUGAAGUCUGAGUGGAAGUCGUACUCUAUCCAGGCAGAAGAGAAAGAGGCCUUGGGAGACAAGCAGCCCACGAAACAGGGAAAAAAGCUAGUGUCAGUGUCCCCAGAAUUUGUGGAUGAAGCUCUGUGUGCAUGCGAGGAGCACCUUAGCAACCUGGCUCACAUGGACAUUGACAAAGACCUGGAGGCCCCGCUGUACCUUAGCCCUGAGGGCUGGUCCCUCUUCCUGCAGCGCUACUACCAAGUGGUCCAUGAGGGGGCAGAACUCAGGCAUCUAGACACUCAGGUCCAGCGCUGUGAGGACAUUCUGCAGCAGCUGCAGGCCGUGGUACCCCAGAUCGACAUGGAAGGGGAUCGCAACGUCUGGAUUGUGAAGCCAGGAGCCAAGUCCCGCGGACGAGGCAUCAUGUGCAUGGACCACCUGGAGGAGAUGCUGAAGCUGGUGGAUGGCAACCCCAUGAUGAUGAAGGAUGGCAAGUGGGUGGUACAGAAGUAUAUUGAGCGGCCCCUGCUCAUCUUUGGCACCAAGUUUGACCUGAGACAGUGGUUCCUUGUGACUGACUGGAACCCACUUACCGUGUGGUUCUACCGAGACAGCUACAUCCGCUUCUCCACACAGCCCUUCUCCCUGAAGAACCUGGACAACUCAGUGCACCUGUGCAACAACUCCAUCCAGAAGCACCUGGAGAACUCGUGCCAUCGGCAUCCUCUGCUACCCCCAGACAACGUGUGGUCCAGCCAGAAGUUCCAGGUCCACCUGCAGGAGAUGGGGGCCCCAAACGCCUGGUCCACCAUCAUUGUGCCUGGCAUGAAGGCUGCUGUGAUCCACGCACUGCAGACCUCCCAGGACACUGUGCAGUGUCGGAAGGCCAGCUUCGAGCUCUACGGUGCUGACUUUGUGUUUGGUGAGGACUUCCGACCCUGGCUGAUUGAGAUCAAUGCUAGCCCCACUAUGGCACCCUCCACAGCUGUCACCACCAGGCUCUGUGCUGGCGUGCAAGCUGACACCCUGCGAGUGGUCAUUGACCGGAGGCUGGACCGCAACUGUGACACGGGAGCCUUCGAGCUCAUCUAUAAGCAGCCUGCUGUGGAGGUGCCCCAGUAUGUGGGCAUGCGGCUCCUGGUAGAGGGCUCCACCAUCAAGAAGCCCAUGGCGAUGUGUCAUCGGCGGACGGGGGUCUGCCCAGCACUCCCUCAUCUGCUGACCCAGCGAGGCUCUGGGGAAAGCAAGGACUCAGGGACCCCUACCCACAGGAAGUUUCAGGAAGUUGCCCGAGGUUGCACAGCUCAGAAGGGGCAGAACUGGGAUGCAGAACCAGCCCCUCACCACCUCCCCAGCCUCCACGCCAAGGCCCGGCUGCCUUCUCCCCAAGUGCUCCGACCCCAGGGGCGGGUCUUCAGACUGCAGCACAGCAAGCUGGUGGGCUCUAAGGCCCUGUCGACCACAGGCAAGGUCUUGAUGACUCUACCCACGGCCAAAGUUUUCAUUUCCCUCCCACCUAACCUUGAUCUCAACCCGGCAUCCAGCAUCCCGAAGCAAAGAAAGGCUGUUGCUCCCCUGUGCCUUCGAGGCCCCAUGCUGGAAGUGCCUCGUUUCCUGUGUCCUGUGAAGUUGGAACUCUUCCUAGCACCCACAGGAAGGUCAAGGCCAAAGGCAAGUUCAAGGCCAGACUGCGACAAACUCAAGGCUGAGGCAUGCCCCAUGAAGAAGUUGAGCUCUCCAGAACCCCUUGCCCUUGUUGAUACCCUCCAGACUGGGGUUCCAGGAGAUAUGUGGCUAGGGAAGCCCCCCUUGAUCCCCACUGCCCCUGUCCUGGAUCCAGCACCAAAUAAACAGGAGCAAGUGAUGUAUUCUAGGCUUGGCCCCAUUGCUAUUGGAGGGUGAAGUGGGGCAAGGCCCUCUACCCAAGGUCGACAGCAAGAGCGAGAGGCCAUCAGCAGUUCCUACCUAGCGACAGCCAAGGGGCUUCCUGUUCAGGGUCUCCUGUAGCAUCUCUGAUCCUUCGGUGGCAGUGGGGAGGAUAAGCCUUUGCUUUACAGAUGAGGAAACGUGAAAGAGGACCCCAAGACCAUAUAGCAGUGAGUAGAAGGCAAGGAUAUAUUGCCAGAAGUGCUCACCACUGGGAGUCCCCCCAACCCCAGAAGGUGAGCGGGGCCGGCAGCAGAAUGACAUCUAAUGUGCAUAGGAACGUUUAUGCCGUGAGAGAGGGGAAAGGGUUGACCUUGCCUAAACUCUAGCCCCUCUCCAGAGGGAGUGGGUCUGUCCCUUCCUCAGCAAGGGGCCACAGUCACCUAAAAAUGAAAUAUCCAACAAGCCACACCCAUGUGGAAAAAAAGUAUGGUAUUUCCUGGUUGUAGUGGGUUGAAUGUAGUGGGUUGAAAAAACCUGUCCACCUGGAACCUGUAAAUGUGACUUUAUUUAGGAAAAGUCUUUGCAGAUGUGAUUAAAUUUAAGAUCUUGAGAUGAGAUCGUCCUGGAUUAUCUGGGUGGGCCCUAAACCCAAUGGCAAGUGUCCUUUUAAGAGUCAGAAGAGACAACACGGACACAAGGAGAAGGCCAUGUGAACAUGGAGGCAGAGAAUGGAAUGGUGCAGCCACAAGCCAAGAGACACCUGGAGCUACCAGAGAAUCUAGAAAGCUUUUCAGGCGAGGUGGUGCUGUCAACACCUUGGUUUUAAACUUCUGGCCUCCAGAACUGAGAAUACAUGUGUGUUUGAAGCCAC